GCCGACGAUUUCGAUAAAAAUUGCUUCGCGAAUUAUUCCGCGAAUAAUUACACAAAAAUUAAGUGGAUGUGGUGCGGAAUUAAAUUUUUUUUUUCCGACAGUUAAAUUGAACUGGAUCUGCAUUGCCGUGGCAGCGUAACCGCCAUGGCCGAAACAGUAAUUUUCGGUUUUUGGGCGAAAUUUCCACAUCAACUUGCUUCCCGAGUGAUUCCUCAACUAACUUUACAAAAAUUUUUAAUGAAACAGUGAAAUUUGAAUUUUUUGAGCGACAUUAGAAAUUACACCAUGCAACGCGACUAGGAUCGCACUCAGCUUUAUUUGGCGAUCAAAGUGCUAAACUGGCAGCGGAUCUGCAUUGCCGUGGCAGCGUAACCGCCAUGGCCGAAACAGUAAUUUUCGGAUUUUGGCCGACGAUUUCGAUAAAAAUUGCUUCCCGAAUUAUUCCGCGAAUAAUUACACAAAAAUUAAGUGGAUGUGGUGCGGAAUUAAAUUUUUUUUUCCGACAGUUAAAUUGAACUGGAUCUGCAUUGCCGUGGCAGUUGAUCUGCAAGCCCAAACGGUUACUGCAGUGGGCGUGGAGUGCAUCUGCAAAAUCUCAUGAAUCACUUUCAGCAACUCUGCUCAACCUUCCAAUUUUGGACUUUUACUGCAAUUCUCCAAGGCUGUCCUUCGUGCUUACACUAAUUCUGCGCAUAAAUUGCUUCAAGUGACACACUGUUGCCACGCAAUUUCUCAAAAAUGCGGCCACUUGGAUCAUAUGCCCAAUUUGGCAAUCAGUUCUGCAAAAUUGUCAGUGCAGAGGAAGAUCAGGCAUUCAGGUCCCCGGCAAUUUACCACAUCACAGUGCUCGAGUGAGUCUUUUCGAACGAACCAUUACAAUAUCUCGCAGCUCUAAUUUAUUCCCAUAGGCGAGUUGCUAAGACUCUCAUCCAGAACGGACCGCCAAAUGAGUUGGUCCAAAUUAAAGGAUGCCAUUACGUGGAAGACAGGGCCCUCCGUGAUACUAUUCGAGUUCUACCAUCCAUGCAGGAGGCUUCUACAGAUGCUUCAUAUUUCUGCAGACUCUAUUUUGAUGGAUCCUCGUUCCUACCAACAAUGAUUUUCAACGAACAAGACAAGUGGUGCCCUUGCAGGUAUUCAAGCAAACGAAAGAUGCUGGCGCACGUCACAACGGACGGAUUGAAUGGCCUAACUUCUGUAACACAUCAUUUUAAUAUUCAAAAGGCCAACAAAAACUCUAUCAAAUGUUUCAUUAUGGUGUCACAGGUGCGGUUCGGCUCGUCCGUUGCUAUUGAGAAGGGGACAUGCUUAGCCACAACACUCAAAUCAGAGCAAUUGCCAGAAGUGCCUGGACAAAAAUUACUCCGCGUUGUCCGCGUUGACAAAAUCAAGGUCAAAAAAACCGGUGACAAAAAAUCAGACCAGGUACUCGCUGCAUCAAAGAUUCGGUUGGCUGUCACUUGCUUUGUCAGACCUCCUGAGACCAACAGUUGUUCGCAAGAAUCGCCUGCAAAUCUUCUACACUUGUCUUCAUACAAAACUGAAAUUUCUGGUGCACUUUUCGUCGCGGUCGUUAACGUCUCGUUCCAUAACACACUGGAAGUGAAGUACACAACCGACAUCGAUCAAUACGGAACGGCCACAUACAUCUGCAACAGUCUCCUAGACAUGCAAACCAACCAAGUUGUAUUGCCUGCUUCCAUCCCAAAAUUAGUAAUUGAAUUCAUUUAUGCUAACAGCUUUCGAUGCUUGAUGGCUCCCUUGCUUCAACAAAGAGUGUUACUCCGUCACUCGAAUCAAAUCCACUCCGAUGCCUAGAUCUGUUCUGCGGCUGCGGAGGAUUAUCCCUAGGGUUGGAGAUGAGCCACCUGACAACCUGCCUUUGGGCAGUUGACGCAGACCCUACAGCGUGCAAAUCCUUCGCUGCCAACUUCAGACAAGCAACAGUGUACCAAAGUUCAGCCAUUGACUGGUUGAAAGAACUAAAAACGGGAGCAUUGUUCACAAAAAAGGGACAGAAGCUGCCACAAACCGGCGAGGUGGAAAUGAUUAUUGGAGGACCGCCGUGCCAAGGAUUCUCCAAAUUAAAUAGAUUCAAAAACAACAACACCUCAGUCACAAACAAAUCACAAGUUCCAGUGUUUCUGGAAAUCGUCGCCUACUUCAGGCCUAAGUGCUUCUUGAUGGAAAAUGUCAAAUCCUUCAUCACAGAGGAUGGUGGAAAACACUUUCUGGCAGCGCUGCAGGCAACCAAAGACUUGGGUUAUUAUUUCAACUUCAAUGUCUUACAGGCUGCUGAUUUCGGCGCACCUCAACAACGCCCUAGGUUCUUCCUGUUUGGCACCCUCGACAGCAGACGGCUGGCUGCAGCACCAAUAAGCACCCAUUACUCUGGUCUGGAAGUCACAAGUGUCAAAGCAGCCAGUCAUACUCUGUCAUUCACGGACAAACAGGAAGCUUACUUUCAAAAAGUUACUGUGCACCACGCCAUUGCUGAUUUGCCAGAUGUUGAGCCACAAGAGAGCGGCAACAAAAUCAGCUACAACUCAAUCAACUCAACUUUCCAAUUCAAAAUGAGGAAUGGCAGUGACACUUUGCGAUUGCAUAAGCUCCCCACGUCACUGAAUCCAGAUGACCAAAAAAGGAUCACAAUGAUCCCGCCAGGGUCAGACUGGCGAUGCCUACCUCAGUCAGAACACGAGGAAUGCUUCAAAACGUUUGCGCUAACUUCGCUUAAAAUUUAUUUAAAAUUAAUCUUCCUCUUCUCUACUUCCAUUAGAGGCAUGCCCCUUGCACCUAAGUCACUGGUAAAGUCCUCUCGCUCUAAUGGUGACUGGAAAGGAGCUUAUGGCAGACUGCGAUGGUCCGACCUCUUCAUGACAGUUUUAACAAGACCAACCCUUGCUUCUAAGACUGGGACAAUCAUCCAUCCUAUCUACAAUAGAACCCUGACAAUACGAGAGUUUGCACGAGCACAGACCUUUCCAGACAACUUCAAAUUCAAAGGGACCAUAGCUCAAGUUCAGCGACAGAUUGGAAACGCGGUACCCCCCCUUCUGGCUGAAUCACUCGGACGUGCAUUCAAAAUCUAACAAAACGUACGCCUCAUUCUCCUCUUUCAUAACAACACGAGUCAUAUUCAAUAAAAUUUUUACUUCAUAACUGUGUAUUUAUUUCCAUUCAUUACAUUCCAUUCCUGCACAGUCCCUCCAAUGGCUGCCACCAGCAUGAAGACCGAAGCAUGGCCGGCGAGCAGGGCGCCCAGGGCAACCGCCUCUCACUGCAGCAUGCCCCAGAGGUGCUCCAGCCUUGGCACGGCUGCUGGCGGGGCGUCUCAGACUGCCUGCUGCACCUCUCGUGCCACCGUCUGGACUCUCACAUGCCUGAAAU